CAUGUUUUAAUUAAAAAUGGAUUUGAGAGAGUUACUGCAGAAUUAGGAAUAUACAUAAAAGAAAAUGUCUACUUGGGAUUAUAUGUAGACGAAAUAUUGAUAGCUUCUGAUUCAAUUGUUGAAAUGAAUAAUGUGAAAGAAAUGUUACAUAAGAAUUUUAAAAUGCGUGAUCUUCAUUCUCCAGAAAGAUUUUUAGGAUUAAAUAUUAAGCAAACAGAUGAGUCAAUUAUUAUUACACUUCAUGACUAUAUCCAAAAGAUGUUAAAAGAUUGUGACAUGUUAGAUGCAAAUUCAGUUAAUUCACCAGCAGAUAAGAAGGAUGAUUUGGAAAAGAUAGAUUUGUCACCAGUAUAUGCAAAGUUAACACACCUGAAGAACAUCAUACCUGAAGAACAUCAUAUGAAAGCAGCAAAAAGAGUACUUAGAUAUCUUAAGGGGACAAGCAAAUUUGGAAUAACUUAUAAUAAUACAGAUGGAAUACCGGCAUUUACUGAUCUGGAUUGGGGAAAUUCAAUAGAAGAUAGACGUUCUAUUUCAGGUUAUCUCAUCAAACUUGGAGGUGGUGCUAUUAGCUGGCGUGUGAAGAAACAACCCACAGUUGCUUUGUCUUCAACCGAAGCAGAGUACUUGGGUAUGACUGAAAUUGUUAAAGAAAUCAUGUGGCUUCUCCAGGUACUUGAAAAGACUGAUGUUGAAGUGGAAUUGCCUUUGAUUAUCUAUGCUGAUAACCAGUCAGCAAUAGCACUCGGAAAGCAUCCGGUGCAACAUGCUCGUACAAAGCAUAUUGAUAUCAGGCACCACUUUAUCAGGGAAAAGGAGAAUGCUGGGUUGAUAAAAUUUGUGUAUAUUUCUACUCACAAGAUGGAAGCAGAUCUUCUUACCAAGGUGUUGUCCAGUACUGUUUUUAAACGGCUUAGAGAUAUGACUGGAUUGAAAUAUCAAGAAUUGCAUUAA